CGGAUCUCGCGCGACAGACUGAAGCUCAACUCUCAAGGCUCACAUCUUGCCUUUGCCCACUCUCUCCUUCAUGCUCCCGACAGGAAACUCCCUGCGGGCAGCAACAGCACUGAGGGCAGCAACCAUCGCAUCAACCACAACCACCACAGCAACAACACACAACAUGACAACACCGACGCCGCCAGUCGCCAGCGACAGCAGCCUUCCCAAAGCACCGGAGGCUGAGAGCGGCGGUGCCGACGGCACGCACGCACCUACUAGCGAGCCAGGCCCUUCCUCCGAGGCCCCGCUCAUUCGCGACUCGUGGCGCCCAGGUCCAGCGCCUUCCACACCAUCCUGGCGCACGACGCCGCCGGGCUCCCAACCGCCCAUCUUGCCCCCCUUCCCACCGACCCACGCGCCCUUUCACAACAGCGCGGCGACCGGCUUCCCCCCACGCCCACCAUCAAACGACGGCAACAGGUGCGAGAGAAGAGCCCCAUCUGAGCCGUUGUCGGACGACCGCGUGCGCGACCGCUGGUCGCCUUCCUGGCCAGCAGAGCAGGUCCAGGUGCAGUAUCGUCACGAGGACCGCACACGGAGCGGCGGACGAUUUGCCCCGUCAUCCCCGUCCUCGCGUGGUGGGCGCUCACCCGCCCACAACCGCAACUCGCUUGGCCCCCUUUCGCCAGCGCCGACAGGGUCGUUCCGAGGCCUCAACUCUCCUGGCCGCUCCCGCCAGCAGUCGCCAGUCCCCGUCAUGCUUCCCCCAACCCCAUAUGUCGAGCUCUCGCGCGAGGACGUGCAGUUCAGCGAGGAGCCGACCCCCAAGCUGCUUGUACUCGACCUGAACGGCGCAUUGGUGUAUCGCACCGCGGGUACAGGACCGGCCCGCAAGGCCUACCCUCGGCCUUUCCUUAACUGUUUCCUGCAGUACGUCUUCCUUCCCGAGCCUGAGGGGGGACCACGACCAUGGGACGUCUUUGUGUGGUCAUCUGCACAGCCACACAACGUGAAGCAUAUGGUCGAGACGACCUUUGGCGAGCAGUGGAUCGAAGGCGUCUGGGAGAAGGAGGACCGCUUGGAGAAGAUCGAGCGCGAGCAGCGCGGCGAGGGCCGCCUGAUUGGGGUCUGGGCUCGCGACAAGAUGGACUUGGGCAACAACUACAAUCGAAAGGUGCAAACAACCAAGGACUUGCGCAAGAUCCGCGACCACUUUUACAGGGCCCUCAACGACUCUAGAUUUGACGAGAACAGCAUCGUCUUGCUCGAUGACUCACCCCUCAAGGCUGUUUACCAGCCUUGGUCGCAGAUCGCUAUUCCCGAGUUUGACAAGCCCGAGCACAGAGAUUCAAACAAGGCCGCCCAGAAUUUGAAGGAUCGCGAGGGGGUUCGCCAGCCUCAGCCAGAAUCCCCGGAUGCCGUCGAGGACGGCGAGAAGGCUCUGCGAAACCUGCAGAGUCGGUCCGCGAGCCCACCAACUGCCUCGGACAUCGCCAAUGAGCCAGGUCUCGACAACAUCCUCCUCGCGGUGAUCGGUAUCCUGGAAGAGUCGCGGUAUGUGCAGAACUUCCCCGCCUGGGUCCGCGCCGGAGGUAUCCAAUACCCUGGCGAGAAUCUUCGAAAGGUCAGCGACGCCGACGUUACCCUCGCGGACCUCCCCUCCCACGAAAGCUUCGAGCACUGGUUCCAGAACAAGUACACGCACAAACUCUGGGUGGAGCGCGGUAUCGAGGCCCUUAAGCGCAAGGGUAUUGAGGUCGCCCAUGGUCUCAACAUUGGUGCUGGUGGGGAGGCGGCCGCACUCGGCGAGGGCAACCCAGGACCCGGGCCUCGCGGCGGGCGCCACGGCUCUCCUGAGACGCAUCGUGGUCACCCCAGCAGCCCACCUGCGCCUCGUGCCCACAACGCACCAGGUCAUGGACAUGACGAGGCUAAAGAUGGUGGGCACGAGGCGCAGAUCGCGUUCAACUUCCUGAAGUCGAUGGCUGACGGGAACCGUCGCCUUAAUCGCGGCCAACAGAAAGCCCUCCAGCGCGCCCUCACGGUCCUGACAGAGAUGGGCUACGGACCAAGCCCUGAUACUCCCGCCGACUACUCCAUGGAGGGUGACGGCGCCGAACACGGUGGCCUUGGUCUCCAGUGGGACGCAGCCGCAACAAGCACCCCGCCACCACCUCAUCCAUACCUUCCUUCACCUAAUAAUCAGUUCAACCACGCACUGCGCCCUUACCGCCCUGAUCAGCUUGCUGAGCUGUCACAUCCUGCCGAUGGCAUGGAUGUGGAGCCUCAGCCGGCAGCUUUCGACUCGCCACAUCAGCACCCGGGACCGUCAACCCAUGGAGCAGAUGGCGGGGUCCACCCCGACCGUCUUCGGGAACUUGCCCUCAAUCCACCGUCGCCGAACGCUCCCGAGGAUGUCGUCGACCCCGGUGUCGCUUAUGCCGCGGCCCGCAACAAGCGAGGGAGUGACGCGGCCGUCGGUCCCUCAAACGCCACGGCCGGCCCGUCCAAGAAGCCUAAGGUCACGGCUCACGACAAGCCCAAAGCCCGCUCGAUGUUCUUCUCGCCCUUUCCGGACAAUGAUCAAGUGCGGUUCAGCCUGGGGAUUGCUCCCUUCUUCCAGACUCAUCCAAACUCUGCGGGGACAGUCGACACCCUGCUCGAGGCGGAUAGGAGCGACAUUCGUUUCCUUCGCCGCCUAGAUGACAUUGGCCUGGAAAUGACAAUGGCGCAGGCCGUUGCCGCGGAGCUAUUGCUGAAGAAGCUUUUGGCAAGCGACGGUUAUGAGCAGGACAAGACGACAGUGAUGAAUGUCGUGGCCCUGGCGAGGCAUCGCCUUGGGCUCGUCGUCGCUCCUCCUGGGCCAUCCCUGGACGCCGUGCUCGCCGAGUACCAGGCCUUGGGACUUCAGGACAGGCCGCCGUCGAAGCGGCCUGUCGAGCCCAACGCGCUCACGCGCUCCGGCCGGCGCAGCAUGGCCAGGUCCCAGGCAAAGGACGAACCACUGUUCAUGAGCUUUGACGAUCUGCUCAAGUUCAGCGGUCGUCCGUUGGGGAAGGCCGCGGUCGCCAUGCACAAGGCGGCGGUGGCCGCGGCGGCCAACCCCAAGGCGAAGGGCAAGGCGGCUGCAGGCAAGGCCAAGGCCAAGUCGACGGCUAAGGUUGCUGCCAAGGCCGUGCCAAAGCCAAACCCAAAGGCGGCGAAGAAGAAGGGAGGAGGCUACGACACGCGCCAGCAGACCGAGUCGAACACUCUUCCUCUGGCCAACAAGCGGCAGUGGAAUGCGGAGUCGUAG